GUACGAGUUAACAUUACAAAAUGAACAACGGGAAACAUGUUCAUGGAAAAUUUCAGAAGAAAGGAGAAAGAGGAUACAAAAACUUCAUUGGAAACAAAACAGAAGGCCAGGGCUUUGCUGAUAAAAGGAAGAGGAAAAUACAACAUGAAUAUCGGAAAUUACUAAAGAAAGAGAAAAAGUCCGAGGUAGAGAGCACAAAACAUGUCUCUGUUUUGGAUGAACUUUCAGAAGAGGAGGAGACGCCCCCAGAUGUAUCCAAACAAAAGUCUACUAAGAAGUCCAUUGGAACAUACUCAAAGGCACAUCAUGAAUACAAGCAGAGAAAGAAAGAGAAGGAGAGAAAAAAGCAGGAAGCAAAGAAGAAUAGAGAAGCUAUGGAUGCAGCAAUAGAAAAAUACAACAAAAAGAAACAGUCCAAUUACAAACUACUCUGUAAAAGAACAAGUAAAGGACAACCUGUAAUGAAACAUCAGAUAGACUACUUGUUAGAAAAAAUCAAGAAACAAAAAGCAAAAUCAUGAUUUGAAUUCGUAUUUGAGGAAUACUAGAGAGUGGAAUUUCAAGUGAUUUCAUCAGUACUUGGAAAGUGAUUUAAAUCGACAGCUUUCUGACAGUACUGUGAUAAAUGUGUAACUUGGUGUGUGUGAACUAGGGUUUGAUGUACAAGAAGGAAACUAGACUGUUUGUUGUUUUCUGUUAAAGAGAAUGAUGAACAUUUUA